AUGGCAGAGCCUUCGCUGCCCCUCUCCUUCCUCUGCCUCCUCGCCUUGUCCUCCGCCUGCUACAUCCAGAACUGCCCCCGGGGCGGCAAGCGGGCCCUGGCCGACACAGCCCUCCGACAGUGCAUGCCCUGCGGCCCCGGGAACAGAGGCAACUGCUUCGGCCCCGGCAUCUGCUGCGGCGCAGAGCUGGGCUGUUACCUGGGCACUGCCGAGACACGGCGCUGCGCCGAGGAAGACUACCUGCCUUCACCCUGCCAGGCCGGCGGGCUGCCCUGCGGCUCCGGUGGCCGCUGCGCCGCGCCCGGCAUCUGCUGCACCGCCGAAACCUGUGCGAUGGACGCCGGCUGCCUGGACGAGGGCAGCGACGGGGCUCAGGAGGCAGCGGAGAAGAACCUGACGGUGCUGGACGGCUCGGCUGGAGAUCUGCUCCUCAAGCUGAUGCACUUGGCGAACAGGCAGCAGCAGCAGCAGCAGCAGCAGGGCAAGCAUCCCCUCCUCUGA